AUGGCUGUUAGUCUAGAGUCAGAGAGGUUCAUGGUGAAUCAGUCAGAUUGAAUCGUUGGAGAGUCAAGUUAGAGUAAAAGUCACAAAAAAUAAGUCUCAUAGAGGGCACUUGAUGUCAGAGAGAAAGUUGGAGCGAUCCAGUGGGAGGGUUAGAGAGAACAGUCAGAAAGAGACUGAGAUGCAGUUAAACAAUUGAUUAGUUUCACCUCAGGCACUGAACUCUAAGAGCUGAGGACCUAUAUGGAGCUGAGGACCUAUAAGGAGCACAGAAACACAUAGGGGCAUUAUAGCCAGAGGAUGGGGAACAAAAUGCACUGUACCUAUCCAAAGGCUCUUUUAUGAAGUCACUUUUCCUCAUCAAAUGGAAUUGAGGUGACAUAUUGUGUUGAAAUAUUUAUUUCUCAUUUACAGUACAAUAGUUGUAGAGAAUACCACUUUCAACUUACCGUGCGUUUGGAAAGUAUUCAGACCCAUUGACUUUAUCCACAUUUUGUUAUGUUACAACCUUAUUCUAAAAUUGAUAAUUGUUUAUUUUCCUCAUCAAUCUGUAACAAAUACCCCAUAAUGACACAGCAAAAACAGGUUUUUAAACAUUUUUUUGCAAAUGUAUUAAAAAUUAAAAACUGAAAUAUCACAUUUACAUAAGUAUUAAGACCCUUUACUCAGUACUUUGUUGAAGCACCUUUGGCAGCUUUUACAGCCUCGAGUCUUCUUGGGUAUGACGCUACAAGCUUGGCACACCUGUAUUUGGGGAGUUUCUCCCAUUCUUCUCUGCAGAUCCUCUCAAGCUCUGUCAGGUUGAAUGGGGAGCGUCACUGCACAGCUAUUUUCAGCUCUCUCCAGAGAUGUUCGAUCGGGUUCAAGUCCGGGCUCUGGCUGCGCCAGUCAAGGACCGAAGCCACUCCUGCGUUGCCUUGGCUGUGUGCUUACGGUCGUUGUCCUGUUGGAAGAUGAACCUUUACCCCAGUCUGAGGUCCUGAGCGCUCUGGAGCAGGUUUUCAUCAAGGAGCUCUCUGUACUUUGCUCCGUUCAUCUUUCCCUCGAUCCUGACUAGUCUCCCAGUCCCUGCCGCUGAAAAACAUCCCCACAGCAUGAUGCUGCCACCACCAUGCUUCACUGUAGGGAUGGUGCCAGGUUUCCUCCAGACGUGACGCUUGGCAUUCAGGCUAAAGAGUUCAAUCUUGGUUUCAUCAGACCAGAGAAUCUUGUUUCUCAUGGUAUGAGAGUCCUUUAGGUGUCUUUUGGCAAACUCCAAGCGGGCUUUCAUGUGCCUGUUACUGAGGAGUGGCUUCCGUCUGGCCACUCUACCAUAAAGGCCUGAUUGGUGGAGUGCUGCAGAGAUGGUUGUCCUUCUGGAAGGUUCUCCCAUCUCCACAGAGGUACUCCGGAGCUCUGUCAGAGUGACCAUCGGGUUCAUGGUCACCUCCCUGACCAAGGCCCUUCUCCCACGAUUGCUCAGUUUGGCCGAGCGGCCAGCUCUAGGAAGAGUCUUGGUGGUUCCAAACUUCUUCCAUUUAAGAAUGAUGGAAGCCACCUUGUUCUUGGGGACCUUGAAUGCUGCAGAAAUGUUUUGGUACCCUUCCCCAGAUCUGUGCCUCGACACAAUCCUGUAUCGGAGCUCUACGGACAAUUCCUUCGACCUCAUGGUUUGGUUUUUGCUCUGACAUGCACUGUCAACUGUGGGACCUUAUAUAGACAGGUGUGUGCCUUUCCAAAUAAUGUCCAAUCAAUUGAAUUUACCACAGGUGGACUCCAAUCAAGUUGUACAAACAUCUCAAGGAUUAUCAAUGGAAACAGGAUGCACCUGAGCUCAAUUUUGAUUCUCAUAGCAAAGGGUCUGAAUACUUAUGUAAAUAAAUGGUAUUUCUGUUUUUUAUUUUUAAUACGUUUGCAAAAAUGGAUGAACCUGUUUUUGCUUUGUUAUUAUGGGGUAUUGUGUGUAGAUUGAUGAGUAAAACAAGCAAUUUAAUCCAUUUUAGAAUAAGGCUGUAACGUAACAAAAUGUGGAAAAGGUCAAGGGGUCUGAAUAAUUUCUGAAUGCACAGUAACUAUACUUGUCUUAAAGCCAUGUUGUCAUAUAGCAGUCAAAGGGAAUGCACUAAAUGUUUCUACACAGCGUCUCAUCCUGCAUGAAGCUUUAUCCAACUCUCUGACUUCCAGCUCCACUGUGUGUGUUGCCCCAGCCUUCUCUAAUACUUGUUUCUAACAGGACAACGGGGAGGAAAGUGACAUUGUUAAUGGGGUGGAGGAGCACAGCCCGGGCGGGUCGCCCAGUGAAGCAUGCAAGCUCAAGCCCAGCCAGGCAGCCACACUCCCGGCCAAGUCCCAGGACUCAGCCCCAGCCAACCAGAUGGAAGGCUACCUACACCGCAAACAUGAGUGGGAGGGUCACAACAAGAAGGCAUCCAGCAGGUACACACAGAUACAUACAUACAUAUUUCACAUACACACGCACAUUGGAACAUACAGGCAAAUACACUACAUGACCAAAAGUAUGUGGACACCUGCUCGUCCAACAUCUCAUUCCAAAAUCAUGGGCAUUAAUAUGGAGUUGGUUCUCCCCUUUGCUGCUGUAACAGGCUCCACUCUUCUGGGAAGGCUUUCCACUAGAUGUUGGAACAUUGCUGCGGGGACUUGCUUCCAUUCAGCCACAUGAGCAUUAGUGAGGUUGGGCGAUUUAGGCGUGGCUCGCAGUCAUCCCAAAGGUUUUCGAUGGGGUUGAGGUCAGGGCUCUGUGCAGGCCAGUCAAGUUCUUCCACACCGAUCUCGACAAUCCAUUUCUGUAUGGAAUUCGCUUUGUGCACAAGGGCAUUGUUAUGCUGAAACAGGAAAGGGCCUUGCCCAAACUGUUGCCACAAAGUUGGAAGCACAGAAUCGUCUAGAAUGUCAUUGUAUGCUGUAGUGUUAAGAUUUCCCUUCACUGGAACUAAGGGGCCUAGCCCGAACCAUGAAAAACAGCCCCAGAUCAUUGUUCCGCCUCCACCACCAAACUUUACAGUUGGCAAAUGCAUUGGGGUUGGUAGCGUUCUCCUGGUAUCCUCCAAACCCUGAUUAGUCCGUCAGACUUCCAGAUGGUGAUGCGUGAUUCAUCACUCCAGAGAACGCAUUUCCACUGCUCCAGAGUCCAAUGGCGGCGAGCUUUACACCAAUCCAGCUGAUGCUUGGCAUUGCGCAUGGUGAUCUUAAGCUUGUGUGCGGCUGCCCAGCCAUAGGAAACCCAUUUCAUGAAGCUCCCGAAGAACAGUUCUUGUGCUGAAGUUGCUUCCAAAGGCAGUCGUUAGUGAGUGUUGCAACUGAGGACAGACAAUUUUUAUGCCCUACGCGCUUCAGCACUCGGCAGUCCCGUUCUGUGAGCUUGUGUGGCCUACCACUUCGCAGCUGAGCUGUUGUUGCUCCUAGAUGUUUCCGCUUCACUAUAACAACAUUUAGUUGACUGGGGCAGCUCUAGCAGGGCAGAAAUUUGACUAACUGACUUUUUGGAAAGGUGGCAUCCUGUGAUGGUGCCACGUUGAAAGCCACUGAGCUCUUCAGUAAGGCCAUUCUACUGCCAAUGUUUGUCUAUGUAGAUCGCAUGGCUGUGUGCUCGAUUCUUUGGUUGAAAUAGCCAAAUCCACUAAUUUGAAGGGAUGUCCACAUACCUUUGUAUAUAAAGUGUAUAUUCCUGACAAAUUAUUUUGCUGGCACUGCACUGACAACUUUUUGUGUAUGGCGUUUCAGAUCCUGGCACAAUGUGUAUUGCGUGAUCAACAACUGGGAGAUGGGCUUCUACAAAGACCAUAAGAGUGCCAGCCAGGGGAUCCCUUACCACAACCAGAUACCCAUCAGCCUGAAUGACGCUGCGUGUGAGGUCGCCCUCGACUACAAGAAGAAGAAACAUGUGUUCAAACUGAAGUGAGCACUGAAUAGCUCCCUCUGUGUCUUGCAUUAUCAGAAGAUGAGGUAUUGCAUACUGUAGCCAGUAGUACGCUUGACUUAGUACUCAACUGUUUUUAUUUUCCUUUUACAGAGCUACAGAUGGGAAUGAGUAUCUCUUCCAAGCCAACGAUGAUGUAAGUUUGUUUAGCUAUACAUUUGUACAGUGUAUGUGAGUGACGUUCUUCCUGUGAAUAUUGUUUACUUUACUAUCUUUAGUCCUUAUCUCUAUGUGGAUGGCGUGGAUGUCUGAAUGUCGAUGUAUUGGUAUGAUCUGUGAUGUGUGUCUGUCCUGAUAAAUCCUCGUCUGGGCCGCAGGAGGAGAUGAACUUGUGGAUGCAGGCCAUCUCCAACGCUGCGUCCUCUGAUAAGACAGAGAUGACCCCCAGCAGCCAUAGCACCCCCACCUCCAGCCGAGCCCAGACCCUGCCCGCCUCCGUCGCCCUGGCAACCGAGUCCAGCCCUGGCAAGCGUGAGAAGGACAAAGAAAAGCGCUUCAGCCUUUUCAGCAAAAAGAAAUAG